UCUCCACCACCACAGUGAGAAUGCCCCAAAUGUUUCAGUGUACAACCCGUGUCAGGGGCAUAUUGGAACUUGGAACUUGUGAGGGACUGAGAGUCCCACAUUGCCCAUACACAAUUGAUAUCAUAAAGAAAACCUUGAAUAACAGCGUACGGUUGACAUACCCAAGAACCUUUGAAUCCGUUUCCACCAGGAUAACAUCAAAGCCUCUCUCCACAACACUAAUUAAGGCUGCACGUAAUGCCUCUGCCUCCGCCAUCAAACUAGAUUCACAUGCAACAUUUCCUACACCAUUAGUCGCUCUAAAAAUCCCUGCCAAAUCCCUUUCCACCCAACCAAAUCCUCCCAGUCCCUUUUUUUUUAUCCAAGCACCAUCAUUAUUAAACUUAGUCGUGCGAAAAGAAGGACAUACCCAAGUAGAAGGCAAUUCCAUUUCCACCCUUUCACACCGCCGUACCUCAACCGUCCGUGUGCCAUCAAUCUUUGGUAUAUCUUCCUGUAAGUUUGUGAGUGUCAAGGAGAACGACUUCUGUUUCUCACUCUAACCCAUGUUUCGGUUAUGGGUUAUCACGUGGAGAAGAUUAAGCUAUUACUUGGCUGAGAUUAAGAGUCCUAAUAACAUGCAACUAUAUUCGGUAAACCUUAUCAUGUUUUGACAAGAGUUCAGCAGCAAGUAGGACUAUUAUGAAACCCUAAUAAUAUCCGGGUAUCAGUUGAUAGGCCUGAUAUCAAGGAUGAAUGGCUAUAUAUUAGGAGGUCCCCGCACUCACAGCAUCAUCCAUUAUGAGGGAACCCUAUUCUAGCUGGAACUCUAGCCUGUUGAGUGUAGAAGAUCUCCUCUUCAUCCUUCUGUAGAAAUGUCGAGUUCUUCCUCAACUAUGACUUCUCUCAACUACUCUAACAUUGAAACCCUAACGGGUUCCAAUUACAAGAAAUGGAAGGAGGACUUGGAGAUAGCUCUUGGCAUGAUGGAUUUUGACUUGGCUCUAAGGGAGGACAAGCCUGCUGCACUGACUAAUGAAAGCACAACAGAACAAAAGUCGAAGUUUGCUCAAUGGGAGAAGGUAAACAGGAUGGCUCUUAUGAUUAUGAGAAGGUCCAUGACAAGCAGUGUGAAAGGUGGCAUUCUAAAGAGUGACAGUGCAAAAACAUUCUUUGACGCCAUAGGGAACAAGUUCAAAGAAUCUGAAAAAGCUGAAACUGGAAAUUUUCUCACUAAAUUGACAUCCAUGAAGUUCGAUGGUGUUGAAAGCAUAAGAGAACAUAUUCUGAAAAUGUAAGACAUUGCACAGAAGCUGAAAGACCUGGAGCAUCCAUUGACAUACCAGUUUUUGGUGAAUAUGGCACUGAAUUCCUUGCCUGCACAGUAUGGCCAGCUAAAGGUGUCGUACAACACUCAGAAAGCAACCUGGGAUAUUGAUGACUUAAUUUCCAUGUGUGCACAGGAAGAGUUGAGGCUGUCAACUGAUAAAGUGGAGACUGUGAACUUUGUUCACAAUGCAAAGGGCAAACAUGUUGCUGUUGAUCAGUCAUCUGUGACUGCUGGUAAGUAGAAGAAAAAUUCAACCUUUUCUUCUUUUAAAAAUACUAAUCCUCUUAAACGAUCUCAAAAAUUUAAAGUCACAACUGAAGCUCCAAAGCCUUGUUAUUUCUGCAAAGAAGUUGGUCAUCUAAGGAAAAUUGCAUUGGUUUUAAAAACUGGCUGGUUAAGAAAGGGCUGCUCAAAACUAAAGGAGAGAAAUAAUGAGAUUUACAAUGUUUUCGUUGGGAAUGGGAGCAAGGUAGCAGUCGAGUCUAUUGGCAAUGUUUCAUUAAAGCUUUCUUCUGGUUUCAUUUUGUUUUUAAGUCCAGUACUCUAUGUACCUUCUAUGAGAAGGAAUUCGAUUUCAGCUUCUAAGUUAGUUAAAUCAGGUUAUACUUUUGUUGGUGACAAUGAAAGUGUAAGA